AUGUCUGAAGAAACAGAUUUUAACAAGACAACUAAAACCGAACCGAUCGAUGAUUAUCUUCAAGUGAAACAGGAAUUUGAUGAUUGUGAAAAUACAUCAGAUUUGUAUAUGGAUGAUGAUAUAUGUCGGCAGCAAUUUUUAGAAUCCGAGGUUACAAUUGACGAGGAAAUAAAACAAGAGACGAUUGAUGACCAACAUGAUGUGACUAGUACAAACAAAACAGUUUUAGAUGAAAAUUCUUCUGUAUGUAACGACGAGAUCAGUGAAUCAAGUACGAUAGUCGAUAGUACAAACAAAACAUUUGACAAAGUUUCAAGAAAACAUAAAACAACUAGUAAAUUGAAAUAUAAAUGUAGAUCAUGCAGUAAAACAUUUGUAGCAAAACGUAACUUAAAACAACAUGAAAGGAUCCAUACAGGAGAACGUCCUUAUGUGUGCGAAAUAUGCAAUAAAACAUUCACAGCAAAACAUAAAUUAAAACAACAUGAAAUGAUCCAUACUGGAGAACGGCCUCAUGAGUGCGAAAUAUGCAAUAAAAGAUUUGCACUGAAAAGUAAUUUAAGAAAGCAUUCAUUAGUGCAUAGUGAAGAACGACCUUAUGAAUGUGAAAUUUGCAAUAAAAAAUUCAAAACAAAACAAACAUUAACUCAACAUGAAAUAGUACAUACUGGAGAACGCUGUCAUGAGUGUAAUAUAUGCGAUAAAACAUUUUCACAGUUAAGUAGUUUAAGAAAGCAUUUAUCAGUACAUACCGAAGAACGUCCUUAUAUUUGUGAAAUUUGCAAUAAAAAAUUCAAAACAAAACAAACAUUAACUCAACAUGGAAUAGUACAUACUGGAGAACGCUGUCAUGAGUGUAAUAUAUGCGAUAAAACAUUUUCACAGUUAAGUGGUUUAAGAAAGCAUUUAUCAGUACAUACCGAAGAACGUCCUUAUAUUUGUGAAAUAUGUAAUGAAAAAUUCAGAUUGAAAGAAUACUUAAACGGGCAUAAACUGGUCCAUACUGGAGUACGCCCUCAUGAGUGCGUAAUAUGCAAAAAAACAUUUUUAGUGUUAAGUCAUUUAAAAAGACAUUUAUUAAUGCAUAAUGAAGAACGUGCUUAUGAUUGUGAAAUGUGCAAUAAAAAAUUCAAAACAAAACAAGCAUUAACUGAACAUAAAAUAGUACAUACUGGAGAACGGCCUCAUGAGUGCAAAAUAUGCAAUAAAAAAUUUUCAACGGCAGGUUCUUUAAGACGGCAUUUAUCACUGCAUAUUGAAGAACGACCUUAUGAAUGCAAGACAUGCAAUAAAACAUUCAAAACUAAACGUUUAUUAAGGCAACAUGAAAGAAGACAUACUAGAGAACAAACUGUAAAAAAACUGUCAACAAAACUGAUAAGUUAG